UAACACAUCACACUAAAAUAAAAUUAUCUAGUACUAAAUAUUCUAUUAUUUUUAUAAAAAUGUUUAUAUAACUUACAUAAACACUAUAACAACCCAAGAAUUCUGCGAAAAAUUCAACAAUGUCAUCGAACACUACCCGAAGGCUGCUGAAGACAUGGCUAAGCAAAGACCUUUCGGAAACACCGAGGAAUUGAUACAGAAAUUUAGUGAUUAUUUGGAAAAUUUACCAAAAACAGAAAAAGAGCUGAUUUUAAAGCUACAUCCAGAUUUAGCUGGAAGAUUGCUUGAUAUUGGCAACCUAACACCUGAGUCGCAGAAGGAGCAGGAGGCGGCAGGUUUGCACAAAUUGUCUCAAGAGGAAAAACAGUUGAUGACCGACUUGAAUUUAGA